AUGUCAACCACUACCACUACCUACACGUACCUAUCGGCAUCAUGCCAGCAAGUCCUCGAAUCGAGACUUGACUCCAUUCCAGGCACUAAGGUCGUCGUCCGCUCUUGCAUGGGCGAUCCGCGCCUCAGCCCGACGAUCAUCGACCACAAGUGCAAUGGCACUGUUCUCACACCAUCUGGCCUGUACGCAGAUAUGGCCGUGGAAGUUGGCAAGCACGUCUGGAGACAUCAUCGUGGUCAAACGGCUGGGCUCCCUGGCUUCAAUGUCUGCGAUCUGGAAGUACACAAGCCGACCAUUGUUAAGGACCCGACCAAGAUCGAUGAACAUUGGCUUGAGGUUGAGACUACUGCUUCGAUUCCUGCUGGCACACGCGGCGACAUCCUUGACGCUGUACUGAAGUGCGCCUUCUAUAGCAUCACAGCUGACGGGAAACGCACUCAAGAGAACGGCCACUGCUCCGUCCGCUUCGAAUGGUACUAUGGCUGGCUCUCAGAAUGGUCCAACGAAGCCGCCACGAUCAACAAUCGCAUCAACACGCUGCACGAACGUGGCAACAAGGGCGGUGACAGUAAUAUCCAAAUCAUCAACAAAUCCCGGACUUACAAGCUCUUUCAGUCCUUCGUUGACUACACAGGCAAAUACCAAAACAUGUCCGAGGUAGUAUACGACUCAGCUACCCUCGAAGCGACAUCACUCCUCACCUUCCUCGCGGAUCCAGCAACAGACUGCACAGGUCCAUACUACCUCGAUGGAUCCUGCCACAUCUCCGGCUUCGUUGCUAACGCUGUGGAGAAGGACAAGGACAAAAAUGCGUUCAUAUCGAAUGGUGUCAGUGCUAUGAAGCUAUCGCCGCGCUUCGAUCCUGCCAAGAAGGGUAGUGUCAUUAGGAACUACGUGCAGAUGAAGCAAUUGGAGACGGAUAAAACGGUUCUGGAGGGGGAUGUCUAUAUCCUCCAGGACGGCGAGAUUGUGGGUGUAUGGGAGAGCGUGAGGUUCAAGAAGAUUCCGAGGAAGGUGUUGAAUGUGUUCUUGCAGCCGCCGAAGAAGUGA